AUGGCUGAAGGAGCGGAACUGGAUUUGUAUGCCGAUGAUAUUGGCGAUGAGUUUUCACAAGAGGUAGAGUACACUGAAUCAGACCUGUACGAUGAUGUAAUCACUGCAAGUUCCAAGUCUCGUACCACGGGCAACAACAAUGCCGGUAAUGGCGCGAGUAUUAAUUCAAUCAAGCUUGAAGAAGCCGCUCCAACUACGCCUUCACUUUACAAUGGAAGUGCUGCCCAAAACCAGCAGUCGAACCAUUCAAAUUCCAGCUCAAACUUGCUUCAGAGUCACACCAGCUCGAGCAGCAGUGAGAUCAGCUCGAUGAACUCUAGCAAGAAACCAUGCAUCUACGUCGGAAACCUCACUUGGUGGACUACCGAUGAAGACGUGACUAAAGCUCUCAAUAGUGUUGGUGUGAAUGACGUUGUUGAGAUAAAGUUUUUCGAAAACCGAGCCAAUGGUCAGUCAAAAGGCUUUUGUGUCGUAACUUUGUCAUUGGAUUCAUCGAUUCGAGUUGCUCUUGAAAAGCUGCCUAAAAUUGAACUUUACGGCCAAGCCAUCGCUGUGACCAUGUGUAAUCGACAGAACUUAAAUCACUUUGAAAUGAAGUCUCGCAAACCUGGACAGAAUGGACAAAGCAACAGCGGCGGAAGCAACAACAACGGUAAUAACAACAGCAGCGGCGGAGGCGGCAGUAUCGGCAACUCGAACUACAAUAAUCAGAACAGUAUGGGCAGCAACCGAAACUAUGGAAACCCGUCAAAUCAAGGCAUGAUGCUGAGCACUGGAAGCAAUCGCCCUCCACUCUUGCCGGGUCGGCCAGGCACUGGUCUGACCGGCCGGCCAACCAAUGGCCCUCUGCUGAACAGUCAGCCUAGACUUCCUCAACUACCGCCACACCAACAGUUAGGCUUUGGAGGAGCAAAUCCACAGUGGACUCAGCUAAUCCAACAAAAUGGACCACGCAAUAAUCAGUUGCACGGUUCAGGUCCGAGUCUAAAUCCUAUGCUGCGAAUGCCUCAAGUCGGUUUGGGCAGUGUCGGCCAACAUGCGUUGAAUGUGAACGCACUUUUUGGCUCCCAGCAAAGUCUGGUGAAUCCUGGAGAUCAGUUUGGCAACAGAUUUGGUGGAAUGAACCCAUUCGGGGGUGGUCACCCAGGAAAUGAUGGCUUUGGCCGACAAGUACUAGACAUGGGCAUGCCUCCAAUGACUGACGCAGAGUUUGAAGAAAUUCUCGCUAAGAACAAAACACUCGCCACCAACGCCGUAUCUCGCGCAGUAUCUGACGCUACUUCUGGUGACUAUCAUGCUGCGUGCGACACACUGGCAACUGCCAUUUCGCUGAUUUCUCAGUCGCGCGUUGGAAAGGAUGAACGCUGUCAGCUUGUGCUUGCCUCUCUCAAAGAUACCCUUCAAGGCCUCGAAUCGAAGCUGACCCACGGUAGCGGAGGCGGUGGGGAACGAUCUCGAGACCGUGGCAGCUCACGACGGGAGAAAUCUCGUAGAGAACGCUCCCGCAGCCGAGAACGCGAGUACCGCGAGCGGGAGCGCUCUCGUGAUCGUGAGCGACACUACGAAGACCGUUACCGAAAAGAGGACCGCGAUCGGGACCGACAUUCAGAAAGAGAUUCUCGUCGUAAUCGACAUUAA